AUGAUGCCUGCAGUUGUAAAGCUCUGCUGUGGAAUCUCCUACCCACAUCUGAGGAGUAUGGCAGGACUUCAGCGCACAGCUGUGGCAGUGAUAGGCCAGGAGAUCACGCACCUGCAGCGAUGGGGGCAAAUCCAACACCACAUGAGAACGCAUGGUUUUGAUUAUAAUGAUAACCAAGAAGAACAUUUUGCAGUACCCAAAAAAGAAGAUGUGAAGCCUCUGCCAGUGAAAGAAGAUCAGCUGUUCUAUGUACAACAGGGCCAAGAAGCAAUGAGGAAGGCUCUCAGUAUGUUGGAGGACAAAGAAGGAUGGAAGGUCGAGAUCACAGAGAACAAUGGGGAUGUGAUCUGUAGCAAAGUGAUGCUGGGAGCCAGGAAGGUCUUCAGGCUGGAGGCGGUCCUGGAGGCCAGUGUGGACGAGCUCUAUGACCUCCUGUUUGUCAGAGUGGAGGAGAUGCACCAGUGGAACCCGAGCAUACAGCAUAUUAAAGUUCUGAAGCGUGUUGGACCUGAAACGAUUGUCACUCACGAGGUUUCAUCCGAGACAGCAGGAAAUCUUAUUGGCCAAAGGGAUUUCCUGAGUGUCAGACAUAGUUGCAAACAAAAGUCCAGCGUUUAUCUUGGAGGAGCAGCAAUUCAGCUGGAGUCGUUCCCACCCCAGGCAGGCUUUGUGAGAGCUGAGGAUGGACCAACCUGCAUCAUCAUACAAGCUCUGGACGGGGACACAAGAAAAAGCCGCUUCACAUGGCUUCUUAAUAUGGAUGUUAAGGGCUGGCUUCCAAAGUCCAUUGUCAAUCAGGCUUUACCCAGAGCACAGCUGGAUUUCACCAGACACCUCCGCAGACGUCUCACAGCGAGCGCCACCCUGGGUGUCUGAGUGACACCCAAAUGGCAGCGGCACCCUGUCAUCACUCACAAGGGACCAGACCAGGAGAUGGAGGAACAGUGACAGGCUGGCUGCACUGGAGAACGCUGCCCUUUCAGUGAGAGCAGAAACACUGCCUGAAGGAGAAGCUCCGCUCUAGUGCUCUGCAGAGCAGAGCUGGCAGAGACCAGUGUCAGCUGCCUGGGCCAUACUGUAAGAAAGAAGCU